GCCCGGUAGUUCCGCUCGGGGCCGGAAGCAGCGCUUGGCCACGGAAGCGUCGCGGGGCUGGUGGGACGCGAGCGCUGGAAGAAGCCACCAGGAUGCCAGCAUUGCCUCUGGACGAGCUCCAGCUGACAGAAAGGGAUCCCAAGACAGGGAAGCUGAGAACUCUGCCAGCACUGCACCCAGAAAUUAAAGCAGAUCGGUCGUUCGUGCUGUACAAGCCCCCUCCUGCCAUCAGAGACCCUGCUCUGGUGGAGGAAUUCCUGGAACGAGCAAAAUUCAUUGCAGAUGACCUGAACUGGCUUCUGGCUCUGCCUCAUGACAAGUUCUGGUGCCAGGUGAUAUUUGAUGAGAGCCUGCAGAAGUGUUUGGAUUCCUACCUGCGCUCGGCCCCUCGCAAGUUCGACGUGCUGUGGGAUUGCCACCCGGAGGUGCAGGAGCUGCAGAAAUGCCUCCAUCGCAGUGUCUUCCUCACCUUCCUCAGGAUGUCCACCCACAAAGAGUCCAAGGAUCAUUUUAUCACUCCCUCUGUCUUUGGAAAAAUUAUUUACAACAACUUCCUGUUUGAUAUCCCCAAGAUUCUGGAUCUCUGUGUCCUUUUUGGGAAAGGAAAUGGGCUCCUGCUCCAGAAGAUGAUUGGAAAUAUCUUCACUCAGCAGCCCAGUUACUUCAGUGACCUUGAUGAAACUCUGCCCACUAUCCUCCAGGUGUUCAACAAUAUUUUGCACAAGUGUGGUUUGCAGUGUGAAGGGGCCUCUGCUGAGCCCCAGAAACUGGAGGAGAAAGUCAGUGUGACUGCAGGGAACAUGCCCCUCCAGGAGCUGAAGGACAUUGUGCUGUAUUUAUGUGACACCUGCACAACUCUCUGGGCCUUUCUUGAUGUCUUUCCCUUGGCUUGCCAGACCUUCCAAAAACAUGAGUUUUGUUACAGAUUAGCUUCAUUUUAUGAACUGGCAAUUCCUGAGCUGGAAUCUGCAAUCAAGAAGAGGCAUUAUGAAGAUAACAGUGUUUUUGCUGAUUUGUGGAGGAGGAUUUCACACUCCAGAAAGAAGAUGAUAGAGGUUUUUCACAUCCUAGUAAACCAAGUCUGUCUGCAGCCCAUCCUAGAGAGCAGCUGUGAGAAUAUUCAGCCAUUUAUUGAGGAAUUUCUGCAGAUCUUCACCUCAGUGCUUCAGGAGAGGAGGUUUCUCCGUGACUACGACGAGCUGUUCCCUGUUGAGGAUGAUGUGAGUCUGCUCCAGCAGGCAUCCUCUGCACUAGAUGAGACCAGGACAGCCUAUAUCCUCCAAGCAGUGGAAAGUGCCUGGGAAGGAGUAGACAGGAAAAAAGGACAAGCUGUUAAAGCUCCAGCAGCAUCCAACGGAGAUCCAGCCAUAGUGGAGAGCACCCUUGAGGACAGGGAGGAUCUGGGGGCUGCGUGUGCCCUGGAGGAUGAGUGUGCCGGCGCGGCGGCCGCGCCCGUUGCCUGUGUGUGCGGCGUGGAGCUGGACUCCCUGAUCUCCCAAGUGAAGGAUCUGCUGCCAGAUCUUGGAGAGGGAUUCAUCCUGGCCUGCCUGGAGGAGUAUGGAUACGACACAGAGCAGGUGAUCAACAACAUCCUGGAGGAGAAGUUGUUGCCAUACCUGGAUAAGCUGGACCGAAGGAUGCAAAGACAGCUGAAGCCAGACCCUACCCCUCUGGUCAGCUCUCGCUGUAACAUUUUCCAGAAUGAUGAGUUUGAUGUUUUCAGUAGAGAUGCAGUGGAUGUGUCUCGGAUCCAGAAAGGCAAGAGGAGGGAGAAGGACACGACGCGGAGCCUGGUGAAUGACAAGCGGCUGGUGGCGGAGCAGCGGCAGCGCUACAGCCAGUACAGCGUGGUGCUGGAGGAGCUGCCCCUGCCGCCCGGAGCCGGCCACGACUACGGGGACUACGGGGACUACGAGGACGAGUACGACGACACCUACGAUGGGAACCAAGUGGGCGCUAACGACGCUGACUCGGAUGACGAGCUCAUCUCCAGGAGGCCAUUCACAAUUCCUCAGGUCUUGAGACCUAAAGGACAUGAAGAAGGACAGGAGACAGAGGAAGAGGAUGAAGAGGAGGAGGAGGAAGCUGAAAAAGAAAGAACAAAGGACCACUUUGUGCAGGACCCCGCUGUCCUUCGGGAGAGGGCUGAGGCCAGGCGCCAGGCCUUCCUUGCCAGGAAGGGGCACAAGCACGACAGCUCUGCCGUUGUUGGGAACGCCAAGGGCCACGGGCAGAGCCGGGAGACGCUGCAGGAGCGGAGGAAGAAAGAAGCCAACAAAAGCACCCGAGCCAACCACAACCGCCGGGCCAUGGCCGACAGGAAGCGCAGCAAGGGCAUGAUCCCCUCCUGAGCAGCUCCGGGGCGGGGCUGCGCCGUCCCAGGCCCUGCCCAGGAGGAGGCUCCCUUGCCUCGGCAUUCCCUUUGCUCAGGGGAUGGAUGUAGGGUGCAAUACCCGGCGGCUGGGCUCACACGGAGCUGCAUUCCCUGUGGGAGUGCUGCCUGUUCCUGGGAAGGAGCUGCCCUGACUGUGUGUGCCAGUGGUUGCAGCCAAUACACGGGACAGGCUGCAGCAGCCAUUCCUGCCCUUUUGUACUAUUUAUAAUUCAGAGUUUUAUUUUCAUACUGGCUCCUGCCCACCCUGGAGUGGGCAGCUCUGAGAGCAUGGCUUCCAUGGAAAUGCCUUAUCCUGAACUUGAGUUAUAGAUUGUCCCAGCUUGGAAGGGACCCCCAGGAUCAUCCAGUCCCACCCCUGUCCCUGCCCAGACCCCCAACAAUCCCACCCUGUCCAUCCCUGGCAGUGCUGCCCAAAGGCUCCUGGAGCUCUGGCAGCCUCGGGGCUGUGCCCAUUCCCUGGGCAGCCUGGGCAGUGCCAGCACCCUCUGGGGGAAGAACUUUGCCCUGAUCUCCAUCUAAACCUCCUGACACAGCUCUGUGCUGGCAGAGAAAGGCUCAGGCUGCUCCCACUGCCAGCAGACCCACAGGGGUCCAGGUGAGUCAGACCUUAUGGAUUUCUGUCCCUCAAGUGAGGCCUGUGAAAACAGAUGGUACAAAUAAAAGAUGUAGAUGUCUUA